AUGGAUCAUAGCCUCACUAAAUCAAAAACAAACCCUAGCCAUGGAACAUCAGAAGUAGAUCAUAGCCAUAAUUUUCUAGAUGUCUGUUCAUUGGACAGCGACCCUGGAAGGCUGUGUUCUAAUUGGACGAUAUAUUGGGCUUUUAAUUCUACAAGUCGAAGAUGUCAGAGAUUUUAUUAUGGUGGUUGUGAUGGAAACGGAAAUCGUUUUGAGAAUCAAGCAGAAUGUCGCUUAAAAUGUUUCUAUUCUCGUACUCCAGGUACAGAUUUUUUGCAUGUUGUGUUUGAAAUGCUUCCAGAUCUGCAUGUAUAA